AUGGACUCUGUGCUUAAGGUGAAGCAUCAUUAUUUGAGAACACCUUGGACACAACAAUGGCACGAUUCAUCCUCUGUGUUGUCUUUUGUGUGGCCCUGUUUGUCCUUCACGGUCAGAGUUGCUGCUGCGGGGGAACCCACAUUUCACGCACUUCCUCCUCCUACCCCAUCCCCAUCCCCGUCCCCAUCCCUCAACCAGCCGCCGCACCCAGCAGCAGCUUCCUCCCCACCAUCCUCACCACGUUGGGAUGAAGCACCUGAGAGACAGAUGUGGCAUACCAUGGACUUCUAUCCCAUUUACUUCACCCAGUUUGUUGUGUGAUGAAAUAAAUACAGUUGAC